CACGAGCAGCGUGCACCACGUGUGCUAACUUUAUAUAUAGCUAGCUAGCUGUUUUCUCGCUCUAGGCUCUAGUUUUCCAGGCGACGAGCUAGCGAUGGACCGUCCUCCAGAUCUAGAGAGACUGCUUCAAGGAGACGAGCUCCUGAGAAGUCACGAGAGCGACAUUCUGCAGCGCUGGCGUCGCUAUAGUGACUGGGAGAAGAGGAUAGCUGAUAGCGAAGGCGGACUGUCCGAGUUCGCGCUCGGCUAUAGAGACUGGGGUAUCGUGCAGAGGCCGAGGGGUGAGGUGACGGUCAAAGAAUGGGUGGAAAACGGGGAAACGGUGUCGCUGGUUGGAGAUUUCAACAACUGGGACAAGUCUAGUCACGUGUGCUCACGUGACCAGUACAGCGUGUUUUCCCUGACGAUCCCACCGCGAGAGGACGGGACAGCUGCCGUUCCUCAUGGUAGUCAGGUGAAGCUGUGGAUUAGGACGAAGGAUGGACAGGAAUUUUAUCGCCUGUCGCCAUGGACCAAGUAUGCAACUCAGAACAUGGAGGAGUCAGUGGACUACAGGGCUGUUCACUGGGCCCCACCCACUCCCUACAAGUGGAGGUACAGUCGAGCCACCAGACCUCCUAGUCUCAGGAUAUACGAGGCUCACGUUGGAAUAUCCUCACCUGAGGCCAAAUGUGCCAGCUACAGGUACUUUGCAGACGAGGUUCUGCCCCGGAUCAAGUCUCUUGGCUACACCUGCGUGGAGCUAAUGGCAGUCAUGGAACAUGCCUACUACGGUAGCUUUGGUUACCAUGUCACCAACUUCUUUGCCGUCUCCAGUCGCUAUGGAACUCCAGACGACUUCAAAUACCUCGUUGAUACCGCGCACGGCCUGGGGUUAUACGUCAUUCUAGACAUUGUCCACAGUCACGCGGCCAAGAACGUGAAUGACGGGCUAAACCAGUUUGACGGGACAGACGGUUGCUAUUUCCACGGUGGAGGGAAAGGGGAGCACGCUCUCUGGGACUCUCGAAUCUUCGACUUCUCAAAAUGGGAGGUCCUGCGAUUUCUUUUCUCCAAUGUCCGCUGGUAUCUCGAUGAGUACCGUGUGGAUGGGUUUAGAUUUGACGGAGUGACUGCAAUGCUGUAUCUUCAUCGUGGUAUAGGUACAGGGUUCACAGGGGCUUACCACGAAUAUUUCAACAUGGGGGUGGACCUGGAGGCACUGGUGUACCUGAUGAUGAUGAACAGAAUGCUCCAUGAUAUGUACCCUGAUGUCAUCACUAUUGCUGAGGAUGUGUCUGGAAUGCCAGCUCUUGGCAGGCCAGUGAGAGAGGGAGGGUUGGGGUUUGACUACAGAAUGGCCAUGGCUCUCCCUGACAUGUGGAUCAAACUCCUGAAGGAGAAGAAGGAUGAGGACUGGUGUAUGGGGCAAAUAUGUUGGACCCUCACUAACAGACGACACAAUGAGAAGUGUGUGGCGUAUGCGGAGUGCCAUGACCAGGCACUAGUUGGAGACAAGAGCCUUGCCUUCUGGCUGAUGGACGCCGAGAUGUACACCAACAUGUCCACCGUGUCGCCACGGACGACCGUCAUUGACAGAGGCAUGGCUCUGCACAAGUUGAUACGGCUGGCAACGCUGGGGCUGGGAGGAGAGGCGUACCUCACCUUCAUUGGCAAUGAGUUUGGCCACCCCGAAUGGCUGGACUUCCCCCGGCAGGGAAAUGGCUUUAGUUACUACUAUGCCCGCAGACAGUUCAACCUGGCGGAUGACAAGCUGUUGAGGUAUCAUUAUCUGAGGGAUUUUGACUCUGCAAUGCAGAGCCUGGAGCAGAGGUUUCAGUUCCUAGGCUCGGGGAGGGAGUUUGUCACCAGGAAACAUGAUGGAGAUAAGUUGAUAUCAUUCGAGAGAGGAGGACUCGUGUGGGUCCUCAACUUCCACCCAUCACAGAGCUUCGUUGACUACCGCAUCGCUGUCGAGAGGGCUGGCAGGUAUAAGAUUGCUCUGGACACUGACGCCAAGGAGUUUGACGGACACUCACGUGUCGACGGGAGGUCAGAGUACGUUGCCAUGGAAAUACCCUGGGACGGUCGGGACUAUUCCAUCAUGGUCUACAUUCCGUGUCGUACUGGUCUGGUUCUGUACUGGGACCAGGCCAGCUGACCUGCUAUCUCCACAGAGGAACUGAAUUUUCUAUUUGAGUGUGUGUUAAUAUCCAACCUACUGUUGUAUUUCACAAACUAACAGAUUUUAUGGUGAAGUGAGAGCUUUACGUACCAUUUGAAACAUUGACAUUUCUGAAGUGUACUGCAUUAAUACAGUCCGUGUAAGGACUAAAAGGGUG